AUGGCCACCGAGGUUGCGACUCCACGACAGCAGAUGUUGCCUGCACCCGAUAGCCCUGUCACCCUGUAUAUACGCGUCGCUUUUGCUGGCGAGACGCACGUCUUCGACCUUCCGACCGAUGCCGUGCUCGACGAUCUGACCAUUGCCUGCGAGGACCGUUGGGACGGACAGGAGGACGGGGCAGCGUCUGUGUACGACUGGUCCAGCCACAAGUACAUCGGACCGCCGCCGGUGGGCCUGCUGAAGGGGGCCGAGGACCACGACCGGCCGCUGGCGCCGCUGUUGGGGGGAACGGCAAGAAAGGCCGUUGCGCUGCGCCUGGUUGCGCCUCGGACAUCGGCCGUGCAUGCGCUCCAGGCAGCGCAGGAGUCGGUGCGGCGACGGGAGGCGCGACGACAGGAACAGCGACGCCACGCGGUGCGCGCGCAGACGACGGUGCGUGGUGGAUCAGCAUCGUCCGGCUCGCCGUAUACCUUCCAGCAGCUACAGCCGCUCGCCCACCUCCCCCACGCCGACCGAUCGAUCCGGUUUCUGCAGCGGCUGCGCGACGACGUCGGCAUCCGGGCGGCCAUGCAGGCCCAUCGCUUCACGGUCGGCCUGCUGACCGAGAUGGACCCGCGCCAGCACACGACGGCCUCGCAUGAGGGCACGUCGCGCACGCUCGGACUCAACCGAAACCAGGGCCAGGUGAUCGAACUGCGGCUGCGCACCGAUGCCGGCGACGGCUACCGCGACUACCGUACCGUCCGGCGCACGCUCUGCCACGAGCUCGCCCACAACGUCCACGGCCCGCACGACGGCCGCUUCUGGGCGCUCUGCCACCAGAUCGAGCGCGAGGUCGAGAGCGCCGACUACCACGCGUCUGGACGCACGCUGGCCGGAGACGACGUCGACCGACUGGCCGCGUACCAGGCGCCCAUCCGCAACGUGGCCGAGCCGGGCGAAGAAGACGAAGACCUGGACCAUACCGAUGCUGGCGGCUGGACCGGCGGCUCGUUUGUCCUCGGCAGCGGCUCGGCAGCAGCGGCCACCACGGCAACAGCCACAUCACCACCAACCAGCACUCCUCCUCGGCGCGAUCUGGUCGCUCGAGCGGCCGAGGACCGGCUGCGGCGCAUGGCUGAGCAGCGACGGCACGACGGCAGCACCGAUAACAACAACAGUAGUAAUGGCAGCAGUGGAACGAACUCCAGUCGGUAG